AUGGGCAGUGAGGAGGGAGCAAGCGGAGCAGCUCCCAAGGGCGAAACUGGUACAGACACAGGAAACGUCAGUCAAGGCAAUCGCCUGCUGUCCACGAUGCGGUUGAACGGAUCUUCAGGAGCACCCUGGUCGGUCGCGUCCAAGGCCAGACCCUCGUCAUCUACCGCUCCAGCCAGUGCCGUCGACUUGAAGAGCAUCAUGGCUUUGGAAGUGCGUCGGACUCCAGCCGGUUCUGCGAGCGCCUCAUGGACAGCGACGCCAGUCGCUACAGCCUCGAACGGAACUGUUACAGAUCUUGCGCCAAUCAUGAUCGGCGCGAAGCUCUCUCAGCAGGAUCACGCCGGCGCAUGGGGCGGCGUGGCAAACGACUCCCUCAAAAGCUUCCGAUGGCACUCCUUGGAGGACACUCGACAGCCCGGCGUCAUCUUCUCCUCCCAGAGAUCCGAUGUCGCUAGUGUCCAGAAGCCCAGCAACCGCCUCGCGAUUAUCCGGCUCACCAGCAUUGCGACCAUCAGCGGGAGCAGCCGCGCCAUCUCCGCUUUCACUAGCCCGCGCAGACAGCUUAAGGGACCCACCGCUCUCUUCCACGUUAAGCGUGUUCACGCCGAAUCACUCGGUGCGAUCUCCAUUGCGAAAACCCGAGGAAGGCAGCCCUGCGUGGGCGACACAGACUCUGCCUGCUUCUACUUCGAACUUUUCGCAGCGCUCGAUGGCAGCGAGAGCGACUCCCUUUACGCCUUCCUCGAGCUGCUUCUCGCCAACAGCCGCGGCCUCUGUCUCUCCGGCACGCGCCAGCCGCUCGGGCGCGAGAGCAGGCAACUCUGCGUCCUUCCUGGCGAUCCAAGAGCAGAAAAGGCGGCUGGCGUCAGGACAGAGCAGGAACGCAAGGAGCGCGAAGAGUUCGAGACGUGGUUUGCUGAGGAGAGCAAGAAGGUGCAACAGCAGCAGCAAAAGCAGCAACCGGGCCGAAGCUCAGGUGGUAGCAGAGGAGGAAAGGCUCGUUCGAAUCGUCGUAACGGAAACGCAUCCACGGAGACGGAGGUUCAACAGGAGGGCGUGCUAACUCCGAAUGAGCAGCAGCACAGGGAAGAGGGUGGCUCCACUGGGCGGCGAGGCCGCGGGGCAGGCCGAGGAGUUGUCGCCGCACGCGCCGGGGCAGGACGUGAUUGGCCGCGAACGACAGAGGUCACGACCAGCGUUCUGGCUCUGCUAGGCAUUGUCGAGGGCUUUCGCGAUUAUCGAUCAGCCUCACGAGCUCGGGAGCUCGCGCAAGUUCCUGUUCUCGAUGCGCGCGGUGCGGCAGGAAAGUCACACCGUUCCAGUGCGAGCCCAAGGAUACCCCGAGGCAGCAUCGAAUACAUUGACGAGGACGACGAUGUUGCGACUACCGAGACAGGGUCGGUCGCAGCGAGCACGAUAGAAGGCUCUAUCGUCGACUCGAGGAUAGGCAGCGUAUCGGGCCCACCAGAAUCUGCGCUGAACCUCGAGGGUCAGAGCAUCUCGAGUCACCUUAAUGCGUCUGGUGUUGCGCUGACGGCUUUCAAUGCAAUCUAUACUGUGCUGAACCAUCCAACAAAAAGGGCAGAGCCGAUAAAUCCUCAAUUCUCUCGGUAUCCGCCACUUCCUCUCUCCAGCAGCGAGCUCCCGACGGCUCGCAAGGCCGAUCAUGCCGCCUACCUCGCCCAAAUCUGGCCGGAAUGGGACCUCUUCCGCAUUACGACCCCCAAAAGAGCAACGAGCGCAGCUGCCCUCGCUCGAAACGGAGCCGAGGGCCUACUUGAGGAGGACUUCAACCUCAGCAGCCCGCACAUUUUCGGCAAGGUAGUGGAAACAGUGGAGCCAGCAGCCCGACAAAACUCCUCCGACAGCUUCGAGCAAGCGCUCAAUCAGAUCCUUCAAGAGAAACUCAGCUACUACUCGGACAUAAUAGAGCAGCAUCUCAUCGCCGAAUCGUGCUUGGCCAAGGUCGACGCGCUUCGCAGCGAGCUCGCUGCCAUCGAUGAGCAUCAGGCCAAGAAGGGGCUGCAGCUUGUGCUGCGGCAGGCAAAGCGGAGGGAGCUCGGGACGAUGCAGAAUGCACUGCAGCAGGUCAAGGAUCUCACAGACCGGAGGGACAUGGUGGAUUUGCUGGUGAAGCAAGGCGAAUUUGAGGAAGCGCUCGACCUUAUGGAGUCGAUACGCUCCAUGCUGAAGCGCUUAGCGUCGAGAUCGGUAGCCGAGGCCGACAGCGAGGUGCUGGACAUCUCCCGCGAGCCCGCCCACGACAAACACAUCUCCGCCGCUCUACGUCAGGAGCUAUUGAUCGUGCUUGGCACGAAGCUGCGGGAGCGCAUCACCGAACCAUUUGCAGUUCCGACACUGCCGAUAGAAGCGCGAUCGUCUGCGAUGGAUCAGCGCAAUUUGCGAAGACAAAGACACAAAUCGAUGCGCAACUCGAUCAGCAUCGCGGCUGGCCAACUCAACGCGAACGGAUUUAAGUCUCUAUUCGAAUCAGAGGGCGACGCAACGCAAGAAGCAGUACAGAGGAUACCCAAGAGUCCCAAAUCGAGCGAGGUGAAGAACGAGGCGCUGCGCACGAGAGUCAUGGGUCUCGUACUCGGACUUGUGAGGACACAUGGCAUCGAGCGUGUGAUAAGAGACUACGAGGAGGUCGCGACGGAGCUCCUGCAGUCGAUAGCCACUUCGCACAUCCAAGGCAUGAGCGACGAUCUGAUCCGCCUGCUCGCGCAAGUGGAUGCGCCGACCGACAAUUAG